AUGGACACUCUUAUCGCCUAUGAAGCUUUGCACUGGCCUUCUCUAUUCAAUGAAGCAGAGAGACUACAGAGCAUAGAAGGAACGCCCGGCGAUGCGAAUAUUGUAUCUGCAUUAUCUGAAUUUCCCUCAGAAUAUGUCAGAACCAUCGAUCACGACCCCAGAGAGCCUAUACCGUUUCCUGUCGAGAUGGAAGCAUCAAUGCUCAUGAGAGAGCUGGGUGAAUGUUACAGGGAGGACCUGCAUCAAAGUAUCCUCAGCGCACUAUCUAGCUGCGCGGGUGAUCAUGAUAUUUGUGGUUUGGUCUUCGACUGGCUCCGAUCCCGCAAGACACAAAUGCCACAGAUCACGAGGCUAUUGGACAAACCCCUUACCCCAGCUCUGCUUUUUGCGGAAUUACUGGAAGACGUGGCUGAGGCACAUCGAAAUUGGGCCAGAUUGCUACUGUCUUGGCUCUUAGUCUGCUACAGGCCACUGAAAUGUGACGAGUUCCAGCGUGUCUCUGAUACAGUGUGGACUCGAGCAGUUGGAAGCGAAGCCCCGCAACCCUCUUGGGCAGUUAUUAUAGAGAGCCUUCAUGGACUGAUCAUUCCUGUCAACGGAGAAAUGAAGUUCAGACACCCCCUUACUCGUGCCUGGCUCGAAAGCCGUCACUCAGUUGUCGGUGAAGCUAUGUGGUACGACAUAUACGAGACUGACCGCCACGAGAUCGUACUACAAACUUGUAUCGAGUAUAUCCAAGGUGCAGCGGAAAACACAGAGAACGCAGCCCUGCAUCUUCCUUACGCUAUUGAAUUCUGGCCCAAGCAUUGGCAGAAAGUUGAGACAUCCGAAAAGAAAAUGACGGACCUGUUUGAGAACAACACAGUGUUCGAGUUCUGGACAAAGUCACUAGUUGGCCUGAAAAACAAAUUGUCGAAGCCUUCUCCAUCUCACAUGAAGCCACUUCCUAUUGCAGCUCAUCUGGGCUUGACGGCAGUCGUAGAAGCGCUUUUGAGGAAACAUCCAGAUCAAGCUGGAUUAUUGGGCCAGGCCUUAAUUGAGGCUUGCAGAGCAGGCCACGCUGCUGUCGUUCGGCUUUUGAUUCGUGCAUAUUCUAACGGUUUGGAAUUUUGCGACGAGAGUCUGCACGAAGCUGCCAGAGUAGCCGCAAACUCUUGCAGCAGAGAAACGCUGAGGGAACUCGUCAGCGGGAUACCCGAGCCCCCAAAGACGGCUUCAGUGCGAGUCGGCACUGGUUACAAGGUCGAGGCGAGCUUCAGGUCUACAGAAAAUCAAGAGAAGAACGAUCAACAAGCCAACGCUUUGGACGGAGCGCUAAAGGGUGAGCAAGAGGCCAAAGGCCCGAAGUCUGAAGAGCACACACCCGGGCCACUCGAUUGGCUUGUGAUGCCAAUGGCCAGAGCCAUCAGGCUAGGAAUGGAAGAUGUUGUCGGCAAACUACUCCAGCUUGGAGUAGACCCCAAUCCCCCCAAGGGUAUCAUCCCCUACGGCAACAGCUUCAUCUACACAGCAGCUGCGACCUCCAAUAUAAGUUGCGCCAAGCUCCUCCUCGAAGCGGGAGCGGAUCAAGCUGCAAGAAAUGACCAGGGCUAUACUCCGUUGCACACAGCUAUUGACUGGGCCUCUGGCGAGACUGUGGAGUUCCUGCUUGACCAUGGCGCGAAUGUCGAGGAUGAAGACCCAGAAAAUCGCCAGGCUCUGAACAGGGCUGCUUCGAGGGGCUCUUUCAUGGCACUAGAGGUCAUACUACAGCGGAGGGACGAGGUAGAUGGCGUGGAUUAUCCUUCAGAUCGAUACCCGCUUAAUCAGGCGGCUGAGUCUGGUCAUAAUAAAUGUGUCGAGAUUCUUCUUCGACAUGGCUUCAGUCCCAACAUUGUCACAUCGACAGGGCAAACAGCCCUGAUAUCUGCCAUUGAAGCUGGAAGAGUUGACAUUUUCAAGAUGUUAUUGGACAACAAAGUUGACCCAGAUCUGACACCGGAAAGUUCGGAUCCGCCUCUUAUACAGGCAAUCUCCAUGAGCGACUUGGGCAUGGUCAAGCUACUCAUCGAACAUGGAGCCACGGUAGACAAGCGUGAAGCACCGCCAGAUGAAGGGUGGUCGCGAACGCCGCUGAACGUGGCCGCCGACUGGAGCAAACCAGAGAUCUUCCACUAUCUACUUGAAAAGGGGGCAGAUCCCAAUGCCUGCGACUCAGACGGCAUACCAGUGAUAGGUGCUGCUAUAAGCGGUGGGCACACGAACAUGGUGAAAUGGCUGAUAGAGGCAAAUGCCGAAUUGAAUGUCAGCUACUCUGAUAGCAAGUCGACGCCUCUCCAUGAAGCUACCGCCUAUCCUGAAAUUGUUCGUCUUCUGAUCCAGCACGGCGCAGACAUCAACAAAGUCAACGAUGUCUCACGAACUGCCCUGAACUUUGCUGUUUCUGCGAACCAUCUAGCCACUGUUCAGAUUCUACUUCAUGAGUCCAAGACUAAGCCUGAUCUUGGUACCGACACCAUCCAGUGGGACCUACGCAUGGUAGUAGGUGCUGGGUACACAGGAGUCGUCGAGGCCCUGCUCGAAGCCGGUGCUGAUGUCAACAAUGUCAAUGACGACGGCGAAACACUCAUGAUAUCUGCUAUCAAAAGCCAUACACUCCCAGACAUGGUCCGCAAGGUUCUAGAAUACAAUCCCGAUCUAGAGCUGAGGGACAACAAAGAGAACACAGUCCUUCAUCAUAUCAAACCCACAACGAAUCUAGAGACCGUCAGACUUAUCGUCAACGCCGGUGGAAAGUUGAAUGUCUCGAACUCCAAGGAGGAGACGCCACUGUUUCAUGCAAUCCGAGCCCAGCUCGAUGAUGUCUUUUUUUAUAUGCUGAGAAAGGAGCCUGGCCUGCUGACUGGGGCUGCAACAUUGUCCAAGCAUUCAGGCACACCCCUCCACGAGGCAUGUAGAGCAGGUACCUUGUCCAUGGUUCGAUCAUUGAUUGAAAAUCAGAUGGACGUCAACUCAUCCUGUCAAGAUAUUGGCAUCAACGGAACUCCUUUGAUCGCAGCGACCCUUCGGGAAGACGCUGCAUCAUCUGGUCUAUCGAGUGAGAUUAUUGCUCUCCUUCUUGUGAAUGGGGCCGUUCCAACAAUCCCUGCUGGGCUAUUCCGAUAUCCUCUCAUCUCGGCAUGUCUCUCUUGUCCUCCAGAUGCAAUCAAGCUACUUUUAAAUCCAGACGCCUCGACCCUUUACCAAGACUCACUGAAUCGCAGGCCGGUCCACUUAUCCUGUUACAACUCUCUUGAGGUUCUCAACAUCCUCGACCUCCCAGAUUCUGACUUUUCCGCCACAGAUGUAGUUGGUAGAGUACCUUUGCACUAUGCUGUAAUGAGAGGAGACAUCGAGUUGGCGCAGGCAGUGCUGGAGCGUUCUAAGCGAGCUGGCGUCGACGUUAAUGUCAAAGACGACGAUGGGUGGACACCGCUUCUCUGGGCUGCGCGCACAUCUCCCAUCUGGAAUCACCAGCGUGUGGACCCUGGAUUGGUCACUGGGAUGGUCUCAUUUCUGCUGGAGAAUGGGGCCGACAUCAACGCCAGGGGGCAUGGAGUUGACAAGGAUUGGACCGCCCGUGAUGUGGCCUACUAUCACCACUAUGAAGAGCAAGUAUUCGACUUCCCCUUGAUACUUAAGCUGACUUGGAUUCCCUUUCUCAGUGUUGACACCCUCCUACAUCAAACCUCUGCGGCAAUCGAAGAGAAUCCCCCUGCCAGAAAGCGGGGUAGCUUUCCAGAGUCCCAGGGUGACGAUGAUCUUUUCUGUGACUGCUGUUUGGUCGAGAACCACGGUAUGCAUUACAAGUGUUCAGUAUGCUACGACUUCAGCCUGUGUUAUAAAUGUCACUGGUCUGCAUCCAAGAUCCAUCCUGAUCACUCGUCCUUUCUUCCGCGAGGUAGCGAAUGGUUUGAAGAUAGCACGUCAGAGCAGGAGAAGAUUAGUGAGUUGGGUAUAGACGGUGAUGGUGGGGAUGGAAGUGUGUUAUUGGAUCGUGAAGAGGUUCUGUAUGAAGAUUUUUAUAGUGAGAUGUCAGAUGAGAUAUCGGAGCAAUAG